AACCAGAUAACAUACCUCUGGCUGAUUUUGUCAAUUUACCCAAUGAUAAUGAUAACUACCAAGGGAAUAACACCCAAGGCAAUGCUUUGCGAGAUGAAAUUGCAAUGCAAAUGUGGAAUGAUUUCCCACAUAACUAACUCUUUAUAUGUACGCAAAAGGAUCUCCCAAAUUCAACUUGGCGCAGGCUGCUGCGUUAUUAAGAAAGAAAGGACUUCUUGGUGUUAAAAUGGAUUCACCAAAGGUUAACAAAAAGAGUUCUCCAAAAGUUGUGAAACAAAGAGCACAAUGGAGUUUGGGACUUGAAAAAGGUCUGGCGGAGAUACUUAUGGAGCACGAUACUCCUUACCACCGAGGGCAAAAUGGAUGGAGCAAGCAAACUUGGAACUUGAUGGUGACAAAAUUCCAUGCAAAACACAAACAUGUGAAGUUCUCGAAGUCUCAAAUUCAAGAUAAGGAGAAGGAGCUCAAAAGAGAAUAUAGGAUGUUAAAAGAAGCCCGAAAGCAAAGCGGUGUUGGCUGGGAUGACAAAAGAUGUAUGAUCGAAGCUGACACCGACCUUUGGGACAAUCUGAUGAUUUCAUAUCCAAGUAUCGGGAAAUUCAAGAAGAAAUCUUUUCCUCUCUUUGACUCGCUAGGAGAACUCUAUGAUGGGCAUACAGCUGAGGGUACCUACAGUUUCACAUCAAUUGCACAACCAUCACAAAUUGACGAAGACUUUGAAGAUGAAAUAGAGGUUGAGGAAGUAAAAGAAAGUGAUGACUUGGAGAUGAUGAAUCAAGUGCAACAUGAUGAAGAUGACUUGCAAAUUCUAGAUCAAAAGGAUGUUGCACAUAGGAAGGAGGAUGUCAAUCCAAGUGAAGAAGUGGGUCGUACAAUGGCUGGUUCAGGAAAGAUGCCCCAAAAGAAGCCCAAGAAGGAGAAGCGCAAGAACAGUGGUGAUGUGAUUGCUGGAGCAUUAGAGAAGUAUAUAGAGUUGAAGAAAAGGCAAGUAGAUGAUGAAGCUACAUAUUUGGCCAAAGAAAAGGCAGAUGCAACAAAAUUACAUGAAUUCUCUAUCACCAAGUGCAUGGAUGUGUUGAAAAAAAAUGGAGGAUGUGACCCGCAUCGAGAAGAUCAAAGCAUUCAACGUCUUCAAGGAUGCUGCAAACCGUGA